UUUACAUUAUAUCACUAAACAGUUUUCCUGUCUGUGGCUGCAUUGAUGCCAAUUGUGGUGCAUAUAUUACUUACAGUAAACUAUAAGUGAGCGCUGCAUCAGUGUUCAAGUUCUGAUAUCUAAGCGCUGCUAUCUAUUUGGUUAUAAUGCUGUGCAAUAUUCAUGGUGGUCACAUAUGGGGUUGCAAACAAGGGCGAAAGGCAUCCCGAGUUGUCCGGGCGUGUCCUACAAGCCUUUCAGCAACAAGGUUGUUGCUUGAAGAACGCCUCCAUAGACCUAUCACGCAUGCGGUAUACAGUGAGAUUGCAAACCUUCAGGAGCCCCAGUGGAUCAAUAAUCAGCUUCGGUGGUCACGGCCUCCCGGGAUUCGCCAAGUGGAUGCUCCCCCGGGCUCCCCACCCAUCGUCAUCCUCCCGGGUUUCGGGAACGCAUCCACCGAUUACACAGAGCCCUUUGGUAACAAGGAGGCAGCCCUCGCUACACGCUUAGCUGUUCGGGGCUGGCAGUCAUUCGUGAUUCCAGUGGAGCGAAAGGACUGGUUCCGGGUCGCGAGGGCCGUAUUAACCAGGCGCUUCUGGCAGGGCACCCUGACCACACACCCGGGCUAUACAUGGUACCUUGAGCGAGUGGCAGCGACCGUAGAGCAGGCGAUGCGCGAGACGGGCGCGGAACAGGUGAUCCUUGUGGGGCACUCCGCGGGCGGCUGGCUGGGACGUGCCUACCUGGCGGACCCACGCUACCAGCGCUGCUGGCCCCAAGUACACGCCGCCGCCGCGGACUCGACAGUUGUGGUGUCACCCGCUGCCACUGUCACAGACGCGGCCAGUGCCGUUGAGCUGCCUGCUCCCGGCACUGCGGGCACCAAGCCCAACCCGCGUGUCCGUGCGUUGGUUACGCUAGGCACGCCGCAGCGACCGCCGCCCCCGGAGAAGAAGCGGGACAUGACGGGUGGGUGACGGCUUUGGGAUUGGGCGCCGCUACGUAGGUGGAUGAGGCGGUGCGCAGGGCUGGGUGGACCGCUGCUACCCGGGCGCCUUCUUCGCGGAAAGGGGGGUCAGCUACGUGUCCGUGU